UCGGGUGACAGUUUGGCUGCUUGGCAGUAACACUUUGGCUCUUACCUCUGCCAAGGUGAUUGAGAUGGCGUCCUCCAAACAUAAGGGAUUCAACAAUAAAAAGCUCAACUCAGAGCUCGGUGUGGUUGUCAGAAGUCUGAGGAAGGAGAAUGCGUGUCUGAAGAAGACCCUGGUUGAGUUUUCUCGUCAGCAUUCAGAACACAAUAAGCUGGUUGAGAGAUUCCUCUCUCUUGAAACUGUUAGGCGGGAGAGUUGUCAGCAGCAGACGGCCAAAAACGAGAAGUUCGGUCCGCUGUCAGAGCAGCUGAGUAGGAAAGAAGGGAACCUGAUAGAUGACUCCACGUCAAAUGAGCAGGCCUCGACUAACAACGAAGUUGAGCUGAAAGAUCGCCUCAUUGAUGCCUUGGAGAAGAACAAGCAGUGGCUGGAAUAUGACCAGCAGAGAGAGGCCUAUGUGAGGGAAAUUCUGGCCAGAAUGUUAUGGCUUGAGAAGCAGCUGAACGAAGCCAGUCAGGGCCGCUCGAUGCAGCACAAUGAGGACCAUUCAGAUGGGAAUGAGCGAAUAAGACAGAUGCAGGAGCACUAUGAAACUUCCCUACAGAAAGCCAAAGAUGAGCUGGAGGUGCUCAGAGAGCAGGUCGAUGUUACCCAGCGGAACCUGAUAACAACCCAAAACUGGUUCAAGGAAAGGCAGAAUGAGGUGGAGGAACUGACGCAGCAGCUGCAGACUGAAACGAUUAGCAGAAAAAGUGCAGCAGAAGAUCACCGUUGCUCUGAGGAUGAAAAGCAACAACUCAGCAAUGAAAACGAAAACCUCAAACGCAGACUGGAUGAGGAGAAGCGCAGGUCGGCUAACAUCGAGCUGCAGGUGAGUCUCAGUCAGGAGUUUCUGUUAAAUCGUCACCAUGCAGACCAGGACAAGAUAACAGACCUGGAACGACAGAUCAAGAUUUCUUCACAAGACCUUGUGGACGAGAAGCAGGAUUGUUCAUAUUUAAAGAAGCAAUUGGUCAGAGUUCUGAAGAUGCUGCAAAAAACCAAAGACCAUGUGCCUACACAAUCAAAGAGGGACGAGCCGAAAUGCAACUUAUGUGAAGAGGCACACUCGCCCUCCCUGGCCUCCAGAGAUAUCCUGACAUCCUCCCCUCACAGCAGCUUGCUGAAUGAAAGCUUCCUCGAGUGUCCCAGCUGCCGGGCCGCGUAUCCUGCCAGUCACUACCGAGACCUGAUGGACCACCUGGAAAUCUGCCUAGACUGA